CCUGAAAACAACCCACAACGAUGGCCGACGACUUGGAUGAUGGAACGUCCCCGCUGAGCGCCCGUCCAGCGCACAGACUCGAGCCGCCGCUGACGGCGAAGAACUACCUUCUGCACAAGCUGUACCUACGCCAGGAGUACGCCGAGUGUCUCAAACUGAUUGAAGACAUGCUCAAGGAGCAUCAAGGGUUGUGCGAAUAUCCCAUAUACGUCAAAGCGUUGAUCAUGCAGCACAGCGGCCGCAUCCAAGAGUCGCUGCAGCUGUUCCAGGCGGCCACGUGCUUGAACCCAGACAACAAGGACAACCUCAAGCAAGUGGGGCGGUCGCUGUACUUGCUAGGGAAGCACAAGGCCGCGAUUGAAGUGUACGAAGAGACCAAGAAGCUCGCGGGGCCCGAAGACUGGGAAAUCCACCACAACAUUGGGCUAUGCCACAUGUACCUCAAGAGCUACGACCUUGCGAUCGAGUCGUUCCAGAGUGCCAACAACAUCCAUCGCCACGACACGACGUUCCUCCAACUCGGCAAGGUGCACACCCUCCGCGAAGACUUCAAAGCCGCCAUCAGCGUAUACUUGGAAGCGCUCGAGUUUUCCCCGGAAAACCCCGAGCUGCUCACCACCGUGGGGCUGUUGUACCUCCGAAUUGGCGAAAACUUUCGCGCGUUCGACUACUUGGGCAACUCCAUGACCCAUGACCCCCGCAAUGCUAAAACGAUUCUAGCCGCGGGGUCGAUCAUUCAAGACCAUGGCGAUAUGGACGUUGCCUUGGUCAAGUAUCGAGUCGCUGCUGCCCAAACACCGAAUUCAGCCCAGUUGUGGAACAACAUUGGCAUGUGUUUCUUUGGCAAGCAGCGGUUCGUGGCGGCUGUUGCUAGCCUCAAGCGGGCGUUAUAUUUGGACCCGUUCGAGUGGAUCACAUCCUACAACUUGGGGCUAGUGCACCUCAACACGGGCCAAUAUGCGUCGGCCUUUCAUUACUUUAGCGCGGCAAUCAAUCUCAAGCCAGACUUUGCUAGUUCGUACAUGUACUUGGCUAUUACGUUGGGGCGACUCGAUGACUUUGAAAACGCGUGCAGUGCAUAUGAAAAGGCCAUUGAAAUGGACGCGGACCACUUGUUUCACUUGAAUUAUGCCGUCACGUUGCUCAACAACGACGAAAUCGAACGCGCCAAGGUCCAAUUUGACAAGUUUGACGCGAUUUUUAACACGCUGGACGAAGCUACGCAGUCGAGUGACCCGGAAGUGAUGGCGCAGCGCCAAGCGCUGUUGGAAGCAUUGCACGAGAACUAGUUUGUCCACGUACCAGCACCAUUCGUGGUUUCCAACAGAAUAAGGAUAGUGUCACAGUCUGGGAUAUAUAUAAUAUAUAUAUAUAUAUCGGAUAAUCCGAACACGAAGAAUAUU